UGUAGUGCUGUGCGACUUGUCAAUCAUGAAGGUUUUCUUCAUUUUUUCAUUGGUUGCAAAUUCCGUGUUUUCGGAAGCGCCAUAUCCCCCAAGUGGUUACAGGCCACUGGGCCCCCAAUUUGAAUUGCCAACGAGAACAGAGCAGCCUGAGACUGACGUUGAAACAUUUUCUGAUACGGUUGUAGUCCAAGACGCAACUGAUCGUCAACUAAACAAUAAUAAUUUAUGGCCUACUUCACAACAGCUACCCACAUUUGAACCAGCCCAGUUCCGAGCUGCUGCAAAUCCACGAAAAUACCCUCUUAAUGUGGUACCAUUAGAAAGAGUCACAACUGUAGAAUUCUAUCAAGCGCCUGUACAGCUAUUAAGCACGGAAAUUAAUUAUCCUGUGGACAGGAAAAGUCCUAUAGUAAAGACUACUACGUUUGCUAACGUAAACGGACAGAACUAUCGCAUUAGUAGCAUUAAUAAUAAUAGCAAUGGAAAAACAGAGAGCGGCACCAAAGCAGUGAAACAAUCGCGUGGAGAAACAACCGACGAUUUUAAGCCUUCUAAUGAAAACAGUUUUACUGAAAGUACGGUUGACGAAAAUGAAACCACAACAAUUAAUACCGUUAAACAGUCUGUAAGGUUUCGGUCCGCUGUUCGCCGAAAAACAUUAAGAACUCCGAAAGUUGGAUCAAAGAAGGAGGAAGCAGGACAUGGGGAAAAUUCUGCGAAUGAUUUACCACAGCAGGCUUUGUUUACAAGAAAUCCUUCUGAAGUAGGCAGCAAUCAGAAGUCAAAGCAAAGAUCACAUCAAGACUCAAGAACUACUGCAAGUAACGAACCCUUGAUAAGAAAACCUUCUGAACAAAAUUUACGGUCACCCCAAGGAGGUACAAGUAUUGAUUACGAUAACACGAAUGGAUUGUCAUUAGACGAUGGUAAAGAUAACAAUAUUAGCAAUCCACAAACUAAUCAAAGUCCACAGGAUACUUAUGGGGUACCAGCAAUUGAAGUGACAAGUAGCAGACCGCGAAGGAGGAAAACCAGAAGAAGGAAGAUUACUACGACUACUACAACUACUACUACUUCAACCACUGAAGCACCAGGAUAUACUGAAUCUGAGGAAUCUGUGCCAGAAAAUGAGAACCCUAACGUAGCAAUAUCAACAGCAGUAGCAGGGUUGCCACCAUCAGUUUACCUGGUCCAUGAACCAACGUCUGGCCAACUACGAUUAUUACGAUUACGAAUUGAAUAAUACUUAAUAUAAAUAAACAUAUGUGUUAUUAUAUGGUUAUAGUCUGAUUUAUUGUACCUAUUUAAAUUUU